ACUCUGUGGUUCCCUCCAUUCGAUGCUAUUAUUGAAAACCGACAGUGACAGCGCAUGUACAUACACAUGUGAUAGUAAUGGCUCUACACACAGAGAGGGAAAUUCUCUCCCACCGUUGGGAAGGCAGUAAUCCUGUUGGCUGAAGAUGCUGCUUUGUUUGGGGACAGAUUACGCCGUCAUUUGUUCCCCAGUUUGCUUAGCCUGGCUGAGAGGCGUGGACCGGGUUGAGCUGGGCUGUGAUUACGUGGCGUAGCGGUACUGACGAUCGAUAAAUGUAACUCCAUCGUACAAUGCAUGCCACUGAUCCGUCUCAUUUCUAUCACAUCUUCAUGUGUUCAGCUUGUCCUUCUCUAAAAAUGGUCGGCCGCGAUAAUAAGAGGAUAAGGUUUAAACUGCCCUCUGGCAACUCUUAAAACUCGCAAUGGAUGACGCUUUCUUCUUUGCUUUCGAGUACCGAUUUAUUUUGGGUGUACAGUAGACGGCCGUAACGGGAUAUUAAAAUCAGUGCUGCUAUUAUGCAGUGUUGAUUAGAUCGCAGGUGUUCGCCUUGGACGGAGUGAGAUAAGGGAGCAGACAAGAUGAAUGUAGCGGAGACGUUGAUGACCCGCUCGGGGAAACUCAUGGUAGCUGUCCUGUUCGUGAUAUGGGCUGGCACCAUCCUUCUCGUUAUUGACACACGAAGGAACUACACUGAUAGGGGUUCUCGGGACACGGAGUGUCCCUGCCGACUGCAGAGACAUUCGGAUGAAAUCCCGUUGUCACCGGUACAGGCUAAUGCUAGUAACCCUGAGGACAGCAAGCCAAAAACCAUCGUCAAGGUGCUGAAAUACUGCCGUCAUGAGAAGUCUAACUCGACAGUGGGCAGGCAACCGUCGCAGUCCGGAGGGGAGAAAUCACCGCAGCGCCUGCCUCCAAACGACCGGCCGGCGCACCCGCCCGGUAAGCCCAAGCCGCCCGGCCGGAAAUACACCAACCCCCACCCGUACUACUUCACCAUGAAGAACCCGGGCGCCUGCAAGCAGUUCACCAACAAGCACGGGUACGUGGACGCGCUGUGCCUCGUCCUCACGGCACCCGGGGACAGCUAUAUGCGCUCGCUGAUCCGCAAGACCUGGGGUAGCGCCAAGCUGGUCAAGGGAAAGCGCAUCGUGACCAUGUUCCUCCUUGGCAGGCGGGACGCCGAGACCCAACACCUCCUGGAACUCGAGAACAACCACUACCACGACAUCAUUCAGGAGAAUUUCUUGGACUCCUACUACAACCUCACGCUCAAGACACUGAUGGGCCUGCGCUGGGCCGCUCAGUUAUGCCCUAACGCCCGCUACAUCAUGAAAGUAGACGUGGACAUGUUUGUCAACGUCUACAAUCUCGUGGACCGCCUGGACACCGCUCCCACUUUGAACUUCGCUGAGGGAAACCUCAAGGACGUCACAGAGCCCAUCAGGAACCGGCAGAGUAAGUGGUACACCUCGAGGGAUGUCUACCCCGACAAGACCUACCCGCCGUACCUGGACGGGCCUGCCUACCUGAUCUCCGGGGACCUGUCCGCCCGCAUCUUCGGAACCUCCUUGAACGUGCGCUUCCUACCUUGGGAGGACGCCUACAUGGGCAUCAUUAUGCACCGCAUCGGCGUGGAACCGAGGUUCAAUGGCAAAUACUCCAAUUACCUGGAUUAUGACAACAUGCAGGACACGUUACGAAAGAUCAGCCAGAGUGUUGCCUUCCAUUUGGGCGAGGACAAGGAGGAGAACAGAGAGAACAUCUUGAUGGUCUGGAACUACGUGCGCAAGUUGAACGAUAUUCCUGUUCUGGAGGAGUGAUCACUUCUCGUACAGCAUUCCAUCUUGACGUUUAGUGAAAUAUUAAUUAAUAAUUUAUUUAAAGAUUUGCCCCAAAAAGAGUCAAAUCUAUUGUGUUUUGGUCAGACUUGCGAUCAGACUUGUGAUUCGAUCAUUUAAUUGUACAAAUGUGUAUAUAUCAGUUGAAUGUAUUUUUUUUUCCUCGUAAAUCCGAUCCAGAAUGCACACGACACUACAUUCCAUCGUGAAUGACUAAAAUAUUCACCUGACAUAAAGGUAUGCCCUAACGCAGUAUUUCGGAUGCCAAUCUUAUUUCAAAUAAACUCGUGGCAUCUAUCGGCGGGGGGGGGGGGGGGGGGGGAGAGGAUAUGCCCAUCCACUUUUCGACCGGGGAAUAGGCGAUUGGAUCGUCCUCCCCAAGAACUGUUGCGGUGGAGCAAAAACUCUGCAAUAGUCCACAAAUAUUAAAUACGCAGAGUUCUGUAAACGGAGAACGAACAGUACAAAAGCUUUAAAUGUACGGUUUUGAUGUAAGGUUAAGGGAUGUAAGGUUAAGGGACGUAAGCCCCCCCCCCCCCCCCCCCCCCCACACACACAUUUGGAAUUUACACGGUUUGGGAUCUUUGGUCAACCCCUCACCGACACAGAUUACGCCACUGUGUGUGAACUAUUUUUUAUUUAAAUUUAAUAUAAAGAACUUAGACUCAGUUGACAUAAUUUUAAAAAAACCACCUUUUUAUUCCAAAAAUAAAACACGAUCACUGUUGAUAUUAUCAAUUUAAGCCUAGAUUAUCGUUGUAUUUGCAUCAGUUUUAGCUUUUUACUUGUCUACUUGAAGCUUCUACUUGUCACUUGGUGGUUGUUGGUCGAAUGGUCCACCGUCUGUCUGUCUGUUUCCGGAAAAUUGAGCAAAUGUUCGGGGUUCCACAUUUGCCAUCGGCGUUGCAUUUUUUCAACUGUGGCAGGAAUAUAUUUCAUGCAAAACGGCCAGAGCGGCGAGUGAUCGCUGACCACGAGUUGGCAUUUUUUUUAUCAACAAUUCUGCUUAUUUUUUUUACACACAAAAGUAAUACCUUUUAUUUACAUCUCUUAUUUGAGUGUGCAAUACAGCAGGGCAGUCAAGACCGACAUGAUUUUAAUUAACAAACCUACAGAAACACCGAGGCCGAGAAGUUCAUUUAAGUGGACCAUUUGCUGCGAUAAAAUGCUCUAAUGUUUGAAUUGACAAUAUUAUUCAAACAAAUUAACUUGAAUACGAUUUAUCAGUCAUUAUCAAUUUUCUUUCCAAAGAGUCAUUCAAAGUCAACGGAAUGUACAGGGUGAGUAAAAAA